AUGUCCAUCGCCAAGACAGUCCUUCACAAGUUUUUUGGCUACCUGGAGGCGCAGGCCUCGGAGCUGAUCUGGAAACCUCGGUGCUCCGCGACGAUCGCGUGGGAGCAGACCCAGGGUAUCUCUGCCAAGAACAAGACAUCCAAGUACACAGGCCCCCGAGGUGACUGGAGUCAAGGAUACGGUUACAUCACGCACGAUGGUUUCUCAUCAACAUCACUACCCGCCACUCCACAGCCUAAUCGAGCCCUGCUCAUCGUCGAACUACUCGAGCGCAUCGGUUCUCAUCUCACUCCACGAGACCUUCUCUCCUGUGUCCAAGUCUCCCAACACUGGAACUCUGUCCUCAUACCGCGCCUUUGGCACACCAUUGACGACCGUCUAUACUCGUGGGCAUGUAUUCUCAAUAUGCGUGUCUCUCAUACGGCACCAAGGCUCCUGCGUAUCGUUAUGGCCGAACAGGACGUCAAUGGCAGCAGCAGCAGCAGUGGCAACGACAUUAGGGAGUCCACCAAUACCAUCGUGGAAGCAAAGGUGUUGAAGCAGACUGCACUCGAUGUGUGGCCCAGCAGGAGAGCUGAGACUGUCCUCUGGCUUUACAACGUCUUCAAGAAGCAUGGUCGACACGUCAGGGUUCUUCGAGUCUCUUGGCCAAUUGUCAUACUUGUCGCUGGAAUAACUGGACACUGUACUCAACUUCAAGCCCUGACGGUUCACCCUUUCGCAAUGAGGGAAGGUCCGGCGAGGAACAGAGAGGAGGGUGCAGGGAGGCGAAAGCAAGAUAUGGCGGACGUGACAUGGGUCGAAAACUAUACGGGACCUACAGCGGACUGGCCAGGAUUUUGGAGGCUCAUCGAUAACGAAGACGAGGAGGCGAGAUUGUGGUCGACGAAUCCUCCUCACCUCUUGGAUGAGGAUCCUCUUUGGCUUAACUGGGGUAUCGUCCAACGAUUCUGGAUUUUGGUCCUCCGCAACCCUACGCUUGAACAUCUCUCCUUGGGUCGAAGUCUCAAGCCCCUGGCGCCCUUCAUCUCUCUGGAACUCGUCUACUAUACAUUGGCAACACUCCCUAGACUGAAAACUCUCGACAACCGGUUCAUGGAGCUCGACCUUCAGACAAUUCUGGAGCACACAUCAACUACGCACACUGGCGGCAACAGAAACCUAUUUUAUCACAUGGAGAGCAACUGUGGAUCAGCCUUGCGACUUGAAAAGGACUUUACCCAUUUGACAACACUUGCAAUCAGGGGAUCCGUCGAGUCAUCAUACGUCCUCAUGUUUCUGAAACGACUUGUCAAUCUCGACCAACUCUUCCUGGGACGGAUCAACCUGGGCGACAAAGGACAAUCACUCUUUGUCGACAUGGACGACAACUACGAGGAUAGAUCACGCCCUUUUGCGCUUUCAGGAUUGCAUCUGGUUCAAGUUGGAGGACUUACGGCCGAGUAUAAAUCGAUUCACAAAGCCAUGGCGACACACUUGAUCCCUCGACUGCCCCUCUUGACCCAGCUGGCGACUGAGGUGCUGACUCCAGAGAUGGGUAGGGCGCUGGCGAGCCACUGCAAGCAGUUUCGAGUAUUCCGUCAAAGUGGAGACAACGAGUGGAUCAACGAGGAUCAUACUGUCAAGACUGAGCUGAAUGUAGUGAGCAUCCUUCUGGAAUUUUGUCCAAACCUGACAACCAUCGACGCCAUCCAGCACCAAAUCGACGCCACCUAUCUCGCAGAACAUCCUUGGGCUUGCGAGGCGAUGCUAGAGACCUUUCGCUGCCAGAUUAUCGGCUUGGAACGCCUGACUUUUGAAGAGUAUCAGGACAUGUCGAUGUCGUCGAAACAGGAUACAACACAAUUACCGAGUCGAGGUGUUGCGGAGGAAAAGUACAAGAGAUCCCAGGAGCAACAUCAUCAAGUCUACGAGCGCUUGUCUCGUCUGGUUUGCCUUCAGACUUUGGACCUUGGCGGCGACGUCAAGGGUAUAGAGUAUCAUAUUUAUGGUGAUAGCGGGUAUGAACCAACCAUGGAGGUGAACGGUCGGAUACACUUGAUUGACAGUAACCCGAUCAUGGACUGUUUAGAGCUCUCCUUGGCUUCGGGUCUUGACCAGCUGGUAACACUCAGGAACCUGAAGGUGUUUGGCUUUGAAGGGUUGGACCAUCGUAUUGAAACAGCGGAGUUGGAGUGGUUUGCUACCCGCUUACCUCAACUGGCCGUCAUGAGGGGUUUACACAUUGACGACUCAGCGACGUUGAGCAAGAGCGACACAAAGACGACCAGACAACGACAGGAGAUGCAGAAGCUGCGACCUUUUGUUCGUCACGAGUCCGCCACUCCUAAUAACAUUCUUGAACGUCGUUUGCAUUUGACGUUUUAA